AUGUCGGCGUGGGGAGCGGUACAGGGGUCACCGGUCCCGGGGUUGGGGUGGCGGGUACGGUACUGGUUCCCCAGUUUGGGUGAUGGGUACGGAGGUUACUCGUUCUACGGUUCGGGUGGUGGGUACGGAGGUUACUGGUUCCCCGGUUCGGGUGAUGGGUACGGGGGUUACCGGUUCUGCAGUUCGGGCGAUGGGUACGGGGGUUACCGGUUCUGCGGUUCGGGUGAUGGGUACGGGGGUUACUGGUUCCGCAGUUCGGGUGAUGGGUACGGGGGUUACCGGUUCUGCAGUUCGGGUGAUGGGUACGGGGGUACUGGUUCCCCAGUCUGGGUGAUGGGUACGGGAGUUACUGGUUCCCGUGGUUCUGAUCUCCCCUGUGCUCAGGGCGGGUGUCAGGUGAAACGAGCUCCUGCAUAUACAGCACUGGGCUGCUCACCGUCUGUCAGUGGGUGCACUGGUGCAUUUUGCUUCACCCUUCCAAGUGUUUCUUUCAAGCUGUGA